GCGGUAAGUGUGCUUCGUGUCAGACGCGACAGUUGCUGAAACAGGGAUAGUACUCGCUAGAAAUAUGGGGAAAGGCGGAGACGAUGUCAGGAACGGCGUGACGAGAACAUUUACCAGAAAAGAGGUGGAACAACACAACCAACGUAGCGAUCAAUGGGUCGUUGUUAACCACAAAGUGUACGACAUCACGGAAUGGUGCCACCGGCACCCGGGUGGACGGCGUGUCAUCAGCCACUAUGCCGGAGAGGAUGCAACGGAGCCAUUCACAGCAUUCCAUCCUGAUAAAGUUCUUGUUGGUAAAUUCUUAAAACCACUCUACCUUGGGGAUCUUUGUGAAGAAGACCAGAAAUUGCCAGAGAUUGUCGAAGAUUUCAGAAACCUUCGCAAGGAAGCUGAAGAAAUGAGUUUAUUUGAAGCCAACAUGUGCUUCUUUUCUGCUCAUUUGGGACAUAUUUUGUUGCUGGAAUUCUUAGGUUGGUUCAAUUUAUGGUAUUUUGGUACUGGUUGGGUUCCUUAUAUGGUGACGGCAUUUAUUCUCACAACUAUGCAGGCACAGGCAGGUUGGUUACAGCAUGACCUUGGACAUCUUUCUGUCUUCAAGACAUCAACAUUGAAUCACUGGGCUCAUAAAUUUGUAAUUGGUGGACUUAAGGCCGCAUCUGCAACUUGGUGGAAUUUCCGACAUUUUCAACACCACGCCAAGCCCAAUAUUGUUACCAAAGAUCCCGAUGUUCAGGCACCAUAUUUAUUUCUACUUGGUGAUAAAAUGCCCCAAAUAUGGGGGAAGAGAAAAAAGGGGUUCAUGCCAUAUAACUGGCAACAAGACUACUUCUUUUUACUUGGUCCACCAUUACUGCUGCCAAUUGAUUUCCACAUAGAGAACCUACGAUGUGUGUUUAAAUGGAGAUUAUGGAAUGAUUUGGCAUGGACUGUAUUUUUCUUUAUUCGAUUCUUUGCGAUGUAUACUCCAUUACUUGGUGGUUGGGGAGCGUUUGGACUCUAUAUGUUCGUAAGGUUUAUUGAAAGUCACUGGUUUGUAUGGGUGACACAGAUGAACCAUAUUCCAAUGGACAUUGAUAAAGAGUCUCACAAAGAUUGGUUAACUUUACAACUCCAAGCCACAUGUAAUGUUGAUCAGUCUUUUUUUAAUGACUGGUUUACUGGACAUUUAAACUUUCAAAUUGAACACCAUCUCUAUCCAACCAUGCCGAGACAUAAUUAUCACAAGAUAGCACCUCUAUGUAAAUCAUUAUGUCAGAAACAUGGCUUGAAGUAUGAAUCCAAAUCUUUGGGCACAGCAUUUGUUGAUAUUGUGAGAUCUCUGAAAAAAUCUGGAGAACUUUGGUAUGAAGCGUAUUACUAUGGUUAAUUAUUACCUCUAGAGGGUGUCCUUUAUGUAUGUCAGAGUACUUCAUUGAAUUGCUGUGUGCUUUGACUGUUUUGAAAUUCAAUUUUUUGAAAAUGAAAUUGUAAAUGAUUUAUAUUGUCUCAUCAUAAUCAAAUCAUGAAUAUAUCUUAUCAUAGAAAUUUAUUCAGUUUAAGAUUUUGUUUUAAAUAUUUGGCAACUUUCCAAACAUAGAAGUCACAGCUGUACCUACUGAUGUUUAUUUCUUGUAUGUCUUGGGUGCUAAUUGCAAGUACCGUAAAAUCUGUAUUAGAAGCCGCAUCCCUAAUAGAAGCCGCA